AUGGCUUUGAUUAAGUAUGAUAAAUUUAACACACUGAAUGAUUCCAAAACAGAGUGGAGGAUAAGAGUAAGAGCACAAUCGAUUUGGAAGGGGAUAACGAGAAGUACUGGCGAAUUCCGAGGUUACAACAUUCUCCUCUUCGAUGACUCGAGCGAGCGUAUUCAUGCUUUCAUCAGUGCACAACUAGCUCCAAAAUUUGAGGAUGAACUGGACGAGGGGGAUAUUUUCACUGUUGAAAACUUCAAGGUUAAUGUUUAUAAUGGAGACGAGACAAGCCGGGCUGUAAGAUAUGAAAAACAUAUUUACUUCACUGCAGAAACAAUCUUCAAAAAAAACACGAGUCAUGGUCUACCAAUACCAUAUCACAGCUUUGAUCUAUUUAGGCUCCAAGAUUUGGAAUCAAUGAAAACAGAUAACCGUUACUUGACUGAUGUGUUGGGUGUGAUACAUGAUGUUCCAGAAAGGAUUAAUUAUACCAAAGGGACUGAUGAAAAAUCACAUGUUCAAUUCACUAUAACAGAUGGAAAGAAAAGUGUUAAGGUCACUUUCUUUAAUGCUUUUGGAGAGUUAUUCCUAAAUGCAAAAGAAAAAUGUACUGAACUCCCAAUCAUAAUUGUUAUUGGAUCUGGAAAGAUUAGUGAAUAUAAAGGGGAGGUUUAUAUAACCAACUUUCCGGCAACAAGAUUCUACCUUAACUUGGAACACCAUUCUGUCAAAGCACUGAGGGAAAGGCUGAAAGCUGAAGAUUUCUAUCAAAUGGAUGUGGAGGAGGAGGUCAUCGUAGCAGUACCAAUAAUCAAAGUCACUGAGCUCAGAAAUCUAAAACCUGACUUUGAUAAGGACCAAGUAUGCUGUCAAGUCAAAUUAAAUAAGAUUGAUGAGAAGAGAAAUUGGUUCUCCGAGCAUUGUACUGGAUGUGGUGCCAUGGUGAAAUUUGUUGAUGAUGAGUAUAAAUGCAGUGGAACAAAUUGUGGAAGAGUCAUCCCAUGGCCAGAUAAGAGGUUCAGUCUAUACACUUUAUGCUCCGACAGUACAGGGACCAUCCCAAUUAUCUGGCCAAACAAUGAAAUUGUCCGCCUAACUGGGAAAACUGUUUAUGAUGUUGAGGUGGAUGAAGAACAGGUUGGAGAUGCUAGCAAAUUCCCUCCACUGCUUAAAAACUUAGAGAAGAAGAACUACCAAAUCACCAUACACCUGACUAAAUCAAACAUAAAGGAAGGUUGUGGUGUUUUCAAUGCUACAACCAUAACAGAGGCUUUGGAAAGUUCUGCAACUCACUCCCCAGCAGCAAAUGGAGUGCCACAAGUUACAGAAACCGUUUUACCAAAUGAAAUACACGCUGUAAGCUACUCUUCUUCUUUAUUUAUUUCCAAUACAUGUGUAGAGACUCACUAUUUGAUUAUACUAAAGACCCCAGGAAAGGAAUCAAAUGUGCAGUUGAACAGCCCACCCACCAUAACAUCAACAAACAAGAGCAGGCCACGAAACACAGACGAAGUUGUGAAAUACAACUCGGGAAAACCUGGAAGUCAGCCUAAGUUGAAGAGCAUUAAGAUUGAGAAAGUGUAA